GUGGCUUUUCUUGUGGCGGAGCACAGGCUCCAGGCACGCGGGCUCAGUAGUUGUAACUCGGGGGCUGUAAAGCGCAGGCUCAGUAGUUGUGGCGCACGGGCUUAGUUGCUCCGCCGCAUGUGGGAUCUUCCUGGACCGGGGCUUGAACCCGUGUCCCCUGCAUUGGCAGGUGGAUUCUUUAACCACUGUGCCACUAUGGAAGCCCACUUCUGCCUUUGUAUUGAGAGUUUUCAGUGACCUCCAGUCAGGCAGAGCUCGGGAUAUGGGGGUGGGAAAGCCCUGAGGGAAGCUCCAGUAGCUGAGCGGGGUUGGAGCUAAGCUUGGACUGCUGCGGGCAUCCCCACCUGCCUGGGCGGGUGGUCCCUUGAGAGCCUGCUUCCGCUCUCUGCAGAGCGGACUAAGCCCAGCUUGACUCUCAUUGGCUUAACGGAGGUAAGUGACAGAUCCCGAGCCAAUGGAAGGUAAAAACUGCCCAGCACCCGCCUAAUUCGGGUGCUGCUUCUAGGGCCUCAGGCCCGCGCGUGUCCAGUAGCUAGCUGCCGCCAUCCCAGACAGAGAGGACUGACAGGCGGCGCCCGUCACUGGGGUCGCUUGUCGCCAACCCCUUAGUUCUUUCUGAUCGUCCCCCAAGUGUUUCUAAUACUGACUCCGCGGCCCCGCGCGUGCCUGCGGAAGACGGGACCAUCUGGUCCAACGAGCCCACGCCCACCGAAGGUUUCGCCCACUCCCCGCCGGAGGCCGCAGCGGCCUAGCGUAGGCCUUGGUACCGGUUUGAUCGAGCUAGGACUGGACAGGCCGCGGCGGGGAUCGCCGGAACCGAGGUGAGCUUGUCCCAAGGCUGUCCUCCCCGCGCGGUGACAUCACCCCUCUCUCUGGUGAUUGGCCCCGGGGAGGCGGCGGCAGCCAAUGGGCGCCUCGCUCAGGGCGCGGCUCUUCAAACCUUUCCUUCUUGCGGCUGCCAGCCAGGUCCUGGGCUGGGUGGUGACUCGUUCCUGGGUGGCCGCCCUGCGCCCCGGCCUUUCCUCCUCCCUCAAGACUGCCCAUCGGAAGGAGCUGCCUGAGGGGGUGGAGGGCACAGGGUCAAGAUUAAGGUCAGAGGCUUACUAGGGCUGGGAUUUGACCCGGAAGGGGUAGGAGCUCAGGCCCGGGUCAAGGAGAGAUCCAGGACCUGACUUCACAGGCUUGAAAAUGCCAGUGAAAUUCUGAUCAAGCCGAACAUGCUGUACGGAAAAAGUGGCCUUACCGUGCCACUCGACUGUGCGUUUGUCUCCCCAUUUAUGCGUGAGCUCCUUGGAAGUAGACAUCGGUCCUUCUCAAUGACUUAGCCUAAGGGAUCAAUAAAUGCAUGUGGAACGAAUAAAUGACUAGAUAAGGUCCAGUUGAAAUUGUGUUUAUAUAAGACCCUGAAAAUCCAGUGGUCAUUUUUAUCAAUUCUAAGUACUGGACUUAAUAAGCUGAUACCGUGUGCUUGCCAUGGUAGGUGCCAACACUUGAACCCUUUAUUUGCAUCUGUUCCAAAUAAUUCUACAAGUACAAACAUCACCUCUCCUACUCCCCAGCUUUGUGAAACUGAAGAAAUUGAAUUGGAUUGAGAGAGUUUAAGUAAAUUGGCUGAGGACACAGGCACUGGUAGCUGCAGAGGCAAACAUGUGAACCCUGGAACUGGUCCUAACCCGUACAGGGCAUUGUCUCUCAAAUGCUCUGCCUUCCAGUGGUGGGAGGAGCACUGUAUGUGGAAAUGAUGAGCCUUGAGUUCAGCCUUCUGCCCCUCUCGGUCCUAAGCUAUGUGAUUGUGUAAGGGUUACUUUCUCUGGGAGUCUCCGCUGUCAAAUGGGGGCAAUUCUAGUUCCCAAGAUUACAUGGGAUAAUGUGCCUGGCAUUGGGAAUUUGGAGGGGGAGGGACUCAGAUCCUAGUCCAACGCCUAAGAGAGAAGCCAUUUAAAUACCUCGUGCCCAAUCUGUGGGACAGCGAACUUGCUCGAGUCAAAAGGGAAGGCAGGAAAAGUGCCCCACUCUAGACAGCUCAGAAUCUUCCUAAAUCUGGCAGGACUUUAGCCAAGCCUCCCGCUCAGCGAAUGUUGGUGGAACGCACAUCGUCUGCCUCUGUGGUUAGGAGGAUGGCAUUUCCCCCAUUUUACAGGUGAGGCAGCUUCAGUGUACUGCAAGGGCUCAUCUGGAAGAAUCUCCUCGAGUUCUAGCCUUAACCCUCCGUCCCGCCGGCCGCCGCAGCCAGGUCGCAGCCAGCAGAGGGCGCUGCCGGGCAUGGCCGAGGAGCGUCGCGGGGCCUGGUUCGGCUUCGGUUUCUGCGGCUUCGGGCAGGCGCUGGGCUCGGGGCGUGGGCGCCAGGUACACAGCCCCGAGCCUCUGAGGGCGCCAGGCGCGGGCCUCGAUGUCUGCCGCGUGAGCGCGAGCUGGAGCUACACCGCCUUCGUGACCCGUGAAGGAGGCCGGGUGGAGCUGUCUGGCUUCGCGGUCGGAGCGGCGGGCGGCUGCAGGGACGCGUGGGCGUCGGAGGAGCUCCUGGUGGUGCUGCGCGCGGGGCCGGGACCCGGGGCCGGGACGGAGCUGCAGGCCUGGGCGCCCGGUUCGGCGCUGCGCGGGGAGCCCCUUUGGGCCCAGACCGUGCCGGAGGCCGAGCGGGAAGACGGACCGGUCGGCGAUGAGACCCAGGCUGGGCCGCUGCCGCUGCUGCCCUGCGCUCGCGCCUACGUGAGCCCGCGGCCGCCCUUCUACCGGCCUCUGGCCCCGACACUGCGGGCGCGCCGGCUGGAGCUGGGCGCUGAGCACGCGUUGCUACUGGACGCGGCGGGCCAGGUGUUCUCCUGGGGCGGGGGCAGGCACGGACAGCUGGGCCACGGGACUCUGGAGGCAGAGCCGGAGCCGAGGCUGCUGCAGGCGCUGCAGGGCCUAACCAUGGCUGAGGUGGCCGCAGGUGGCUGGCACUCUCUGUGUGUGAGUGAGGCUGGGGAUAUUUAUAUCUGGGGCUGGAAUGAAUCAGGGCAGCUGGCCCUGCCCACCAAGAGCCUGGCAGAGGAUGGAAAGACAACCACAGAAGCCUCAGGACUGAAUGAAGAUGGUUCUGAAGUGAAGACAGUAGCCGGGGGUGAGGAUGGAGCCCCCGCCCCCUUCAUAGCUGUCCAGCCCUUCCCGGCUUUACUGGACCUCCCCCUGGGCUCAGAUGCAGUCAAGGCCAGCUGUGGAUCCCGGCACACAGCGGUGGUGACAAGAACAGGGGACCUCUACACCUGGGGCUGGGCUGUAGCAAGGAAAGCCAGUGGUUAUAGCAAAGACAGCAGCACAGAGAAAACUGGCCCUCUGGCCUCCUACAGAGACACAUCUGUACCCACAUGGAGAAGAAGCACUUUUACAAGACUGUGAAGAGUUCUACCUGAGUGCGCAAAUCCUUUUCUAGCUGCAAGAUGGUCGUCUCUCCUUCUUCCUAUAUGAGACAAUGUACUAUUGUGUUAAGGUUCCAAGCGGAUUUCUUCAAAGGAAGAGAAGACAACGAAAGAGGACUAGGAUGACAGACUUUUAGUUAAACUUACAAAUAAAUCAACUUACAGCUAACAGAAUAUGGCACAAAGAGGGUCCCCUAACAAAGGUCCCCAGUAAGGAAAGGUACCAGGGCACUUUUACAAGAGGUAAAAAUUGGUUGAAAAGCUUAUUUUGAAUUAGCUACAGGGUAGUAUAUUUAGCUCCUAACUAAAUGUUUACCCCAAUAAUCCUAAACAUCACUCAACCAAUAAAAAUCAAUUUAGUACUCCUUGCUCUACUCCUAACUGAUAAGCAGGAGAAAAAACAAGUGGCAGUUAUGUCCUAUAAAUUUUAUUCAACAUUGGUGAACUAAGAACUGUCAUAUAAUUUAAGGGAGAUGUACCACUGUAUAUCUAACUUCUCACCCAAUUUCAUAUUGAAAAUUAAAAAAAAAAGACUAAAGAAACUAUUUGUCCAAAAUCAAUGAUAUUUAUGCCAUUUGUGUUGAUUUCAGGAAGCUCUACUGAUGUCACAGUCUGCCUGACUGUUCUUGGCUACCAGAAAUGAAUUAGCCUUAACCCUUUAGACAGUCUCCUCCUCCUAGGCUGACUCCACUGAGAUACCCAGGCAGUUCUUUCUGUAACAGGGAGAGGGACCUGAGACCUUAUUGGUACCACAUUAGCCACUGUGUGCUGUCCUUGCACCCACAUCUAUUCUAAUUACCUUCCCAAUCUCCACGUUUGUCUUCAUUUUUAUGAUCCCAACACUGUUUUUACCAGUUCUAACCAGGGAUAUGUUUUGGGGUCCCUCUGUCAUUCAUGUCAUGCUUGCUGGUGUCCUCAUUUAAGUCCGAUUUGUGCUGGACCACAGGACAGCAACCUCUCAGCAAGGUACACAGACAAACAUGGCAUGCCCUGAAUUUGACUAUGCUCUCUUGAUAUUCCAGCUGUGGAGACAUCUCUUCUCAAGUGGCCAUUCUGGCUAGUUCAGUGAUUUGUAGCUUUCGGGUAUGAAAAAAUCCACAGAGGCAGGUUUUUUGGGUAACUUUUCCUUAUAUCACUAGUCACUUUUGUAUCCUAAGUAGUUCUCUUCAUUUUCUUUCAAAGAAAGAAUGGAAUGAUAUCAUCUAUGCCUAGCUCAGAGUUCAAAAAAAUUUUUGUGUCCUACAAAUUGAUAGAGGCUUGUUUUUGAUUAAAACAUUUCAACACUUAGCUGCUUCACCUCUCAACAGGGCAACUCUUCACAUAAGUGAAAACUGCUUUGCUGGAACCAAGUAACUAGGCAGCACAUUUUUCCCAUUUCUCAUGUCCAGUAUCAGCCCUACAAGGAAACUUUCCACCUGUAGCCCCAAAUCAAAGUUCUUCCCUAAAUCUCAGACCCAGGCAGGAUCGAUCCCCUGACACCCUGCCAUGUACC